UUCUACUUUCAUUCUCAAGACGACAGUCAGGUCUACACAACGAAUCAAACCGAAGCAAAAUAAAAAUAAAUUCUGAGCAAAAAACAACAAAAAGGCUAUCCUCAACUUAUCUUCAGAAAAUAUAGCUCUCAAUUACGAAUAUGGAGGCCAUGCGGAACAAGAACGCUGCGAGGAUUAAAUAUGCUGCUCCUCCGGUAGUGAAGACCGAGUCAACUUUGGAUGAAAAGUUUACUGAGGAUGAGAAAAAGACUAUUACCGAGCUGAAGCAGUUAUAUCUAGAGACAAUCAAUUUGGACGUUGCACUACAGCGGGACAUCUACAACAUGGAAAAAAGCUACGAGGAGAAGCAUAAUCUUAUUUUCGAAAAGAGAAAGAAGAUACUUGAUGAGUUCAGGAAACAAAAUCACGGUGAUUCUCAACCAUGUCAAAGUGUUCCUAACUUCUGGUUAAAAGUGCUCAAAGCCUCGUAUACAGAGUUUAUAAGCAAGAAGGAUGAAAAAAUAUUGGAAUGCUUGUCAGACAUUCGUUCACGGCUGUCCAACGAUCCGGUGGUCAAGUUCGACAUCGAGUUUCACUUUGACCCAAACGAUUUCUUCACCAACACAGUUCUGACCAAAACUUACUUCCUCAACUGCCUCCCGGAUCCGGAAGACCCACUCUCAUACGACGGCGCUGAGAUCUACAAGUGCGAGGGUUGCGCCAUCGAUUGGAAAAAUCCCAAGGACCGUGAGAAGAAGGACGAUACACUCGAGCAGAGCUCGUUCUUCGACUUUUUCUCACCGCCCAAUCUGCCGGACGAUGCUGAGGAUCCUAGCUACUGCGACAUCAACGCCAUAUUGCAAAAUGACUUUGAACUCGGUUUUUACCUUAAGGAGCGUGUGAUUCCCAAGGCGGUGAUCUUCUUCACCGGCGAAAUAGCCGAUUGCCAGAGCUCUAGCGAUUCGGAAUCGGAUACGGAGGAUAGUGACGAAUCGGAAGCCGAGGAGGAGGAAUCCUCGAACGGCACCGACAAGUAACUUCAAUUUCACAGGUGUUUUUACAAUUUAUAAACAUUUUCCACGCCACCAAAACCAAUCAAUUGGUCUGUCCUUACAAGCCACAAAGCUACCAAAUAAGCAUUUCAUUAAACAUAUACCAAAAGGAUCGCUCGUUUAAUGCCUAACUAAA